AAAGUGAUGUGUUUAAAGAUUUUGAAAAAUUUUCAAAAUAUCAGUUUUUUCAAUAUAUUUUAAUCAGUUUGCCUCUUGUUAUGGUAUCUAUGGUUCAUGUUAAUUAUAUAUUUGUUGCUGAAGACAUACCCCAUAGAUGCCGCGUACCCGAAUGCGAUGGUACGAACGCUAGCGCAGAAAUACCUCCAUGGUGGCCCAAAAAUGUGGACUCAAAAUGCUUCCGACCGGUUGUAGAUGUCAAUAGUUUUGGUAAAUCAAAUAACACUUGCUCGAACGCAACAUUCGAAGAAACAUUGGAAGAAUGUCACGAGUGGAUCUACGAGAAUCACAAUUCAAUAGUUGCCGCGCUAAAUCUUGGUUGUCAAUCAUGGAAGUCGACACUGGUUGGCAGUGUUCACAACGCCGGCAUGAUUGCCUCAGUCAUGAUCUCUGGAUGGAUCGCAGAUAAAAUCGGCAGAAAGCCAACCAUUAUCGUGUGUUCGAUAGGUGCAGCUGUCGGCGUGUUUAAAAUAUUUAUACAGAAUUAUUACGCGUACUUAGCGGUCGAAUUCUUAGAGUCUAUGCUUGCAUCCGGCCUUUACACAGUCAAUGUUGUUUUAUUAAUAGAAGUCGGUGGUGAAUCGACAAGAGUAUUAGCUGGAGUUAUAUUCUCUUACGCAGUAUACAUCGGAGAGAUGUUAUUCGCUUUCACUGCGAUGGGACUUCAGUAUUGGAAGACUUUAAUAUUAAUUGUAUACACACCGAUGUUCUUAUUCGUUUUUUACGUAUUCAUAUUAAAAGAGAGCACAAGAUGGCAAUUGUUACGCGGGAAAACUGAAGAAGCUAAAGAGACUCUUAAAGUUAUUGCUAAAGUGAAUAAAAUAAACGUCACCGAUAAAGAAAUAAAUGAAAUAAGUGAUGCCGACUUAAGAUCUAGAUUCAAUGUUGUCGUACAAAAAGAGAAAGAGACAAUGAAAGAUAUCAUCAAUUCUAAAGAGAUAAUGAUUCGUUUAACCGUCGCGUCGUUUUGUUUUUUCUCAUCCAGCUUUAUAUAUUACGGAAUGGCAGUACAUUCUAUACUUUUACCGGGAAAUAAAUAUACGAAUUUCGUUCUGACAUCUUUAUCAUCGUUCCCUGGAGAUUUUAUAGCAUAUUAUACAUUCAAAAAGUUUGGCAGGAAGAUAACGUUGCAAUGUGGAUAUAUUUUUUCAGCCGGAUUUUUAUUAGCACAAGCAUUUUCACCUGAUGACAUAAUGUGGUUAAAAGUAGCAUUAUUUUUAGCGGGUAAAGUGGGAGUCGUGGUAUGCUUUACCGGCAUCUACACAUAUAGUUUAGAACUGUUCCCUACGAGUGUACGAGGCUCACUUAUUGGUUGGGGAAACACAGCUGCAAGAAUUGGAAGCAUGCUUGCCCCGCUCACGCCUUUAUUGUCAGCGGAGAUUACGUUCCUACCAUCGCUCCUGUUCGCAUCUACAGCGAUUAUUUCCGCUCUACUUCUAACAUUCACACCUGAAACGAGAAAAUUACCGCUGUUUGAUACUAUAGCGCAAGUGGAUAAUUAUAGAGAGAAAAUUAUUACCGCAUUGUAAAAUGGGAUACGGUACCCAAAUGUUCUUAUAAACGGUUCCACAGAAAUUUUACUUUUUGUCUUUGAAAAAACAUAGACAAUAAUUAAGUUUGUAAAAAGUUUCACAACAAUAGAUCACGAUUGUGUGCCAAGUUUAUGUAAAUUUUUCUAUUAUUUUUUGUCACGAAUUAAUAUUAAAUGCGCUCUUUAUAUGUAAAGAAAAUAACUAAAGUGUUCUUAUAGUUUUAAUAUAGAUAUAAGUACAUAAUACAAUUAUGUAGUAACGAGAUAGCUUUAUGAAAACAAAACUAACCUAACGUUAUUAAACGCGUAUUAAGUUUAAGUUUUUUGUCUAUUUAUGUAUUACUUUGUAUUAAUUUUUUUAAGUAUAUUUUAUGGGCGAAGCUAUGCCGUUUCCUCCUUCUCCCUAGCAUGGUCUUUGUUAGCCUUUCUUUAAUUAAUAUUUUUGUUUUUGUUAAUUUAAUAUAUUUAUAAUUAAAUUUAUUUUACAUAGGUCAUUCAGACCGAUGCCAGUGAAAGAAAAUAUAUAUGAUACACUUGUUCUGUGUUCUUGAAAUUAAUAUUUUUUUUAUAAUAUCGAUAAUAAAAUAAAAUUGUUCCGUCGAUCUCAUAUGGCACUUUACAGUACGAGUAUAUUGUAGCCAAAACCUUUAUUUUAUUUGUAAAAGGAUUAUUUAAUACAGCAUGUUGUAAACGGGUCUUUUGUGAAAAUACAUAUUCAAAGCAAUAUUAUAUGUAAUUUUCAA